CGGGGGAGGGUGCGGGCACGAGCGCGAGCGUGACACGUGGACACUGGCUGCGGCGACGGCGGGGCAGAGCAGCGUCAGAGGCGUGUCCGGGGCAGGCACGGCAAGCGCGCUGCGACACCGCGGCAGGGGAAGAACGGCGCGGGCAGGCAUGAUCCGUCGCCUGACGACAGACGGCGUCGAGCCCAACAACCUGAGGACCGCCUGGCAGGACGACGACGACGAUGACGACAUGAUGACGUCAUUCGAGCUCUACGACCAGAGCGAACGGAUGGCUAUCAAACGGCGGCUAGGCUCAGACGGCUCCUCGAACACGGGCGACUCCGACGGCGGCACGAGCAGCGACGCUAGUUCGCCCAACAAGCAACAGAGGGCAGGCGGAUCGGGUGCUGCCGCCGGCCCCGGCCGCCGGCGUCGCCAGGGCGCCGCUAACCGCGAACGCUACCUGCGCCGACUCGAGAGCAACGAACGGGAACGCAUACGUAUGCACGGCCUCAACGCUGCUUUCCACAAUCUGCAGGAGGUCAUACCACCCGUCAGCAUGGAGCGGAAGAUGUCCAAAAUCGAGACGCUGACGCUGGCGCGUAAUUACAUCAUGGCGCUGACGAACGUCAUCUGCGAGAUCAAGGGCGGUCACAAGCCUUUCUCGUUCCUGGACCAGUUCGCGCCCACCUCUGAGCAGCAGGUGGAGGAAGUCAUGCGCACCUUUCGGCUGGGCCCCGCCCGGCCAGACCAGCCGGCGGAGGGACGAGGCGUUAUAGGCGGCGCCACGAGCGCUUUUCUAGGGCACAAUGGCGGCACGGCGCUGACGCACCGCCUCUCGGGCGUCCUCGUCGUCCUCAACAUCGGCGGUGCGGCACGCCAGACGGCCUGCAGAGGACCGCUGGAAGGCGCUCCGAGCCGUGACGCGGACGUGACGUGA